AUGUUUCUGCAUUUGAUACCAUUAAGAGAAACCAUUUUAAAUAUUCCAAAUGUGCUUUCAUUGUCUAGAUUAAUUGUUUCUCCAUUUGUUGGAUAUUUUAUUUUAAGCGAACAAUAUGAGAUCGCGUUAUGUGCAUUUGUGUAUGCUGGCGUUACUGAUUUGUUAGACGGAAUCAUAGCUCGGCAUUAUAAUCUGAAAACCAUGAUAGGAACAGCAAUUGAUCCAUUGGCAGAUAAAAUAUUAAUGACCAUUCUGACGAUUACUUUGGCCAUGAAGGAUUUAUUACCAAUACCGGUAGCGACUAUAAUUUUAGGCCGAGAUUUUUGUCUUAUUUUAACGUCUUUUUAUUAUAGAUAUAUUUCACUUCCAUCACCGAAAACAUUAUCCAGAUAUUUCGAUAUAUCAAUUCCAUCAGCAGAAGUCAGACCAACUCUAAUUAGUAAGGUGAAUACCGCUCUGCAGUUAGUGCUCAUGGGUACGACGCUUGCUAGCCCAGUAUUCGGUUGGAUCAACGUUCCAUUCUUGAAAACAUUACAGUAUACUGUCGCGGGAACAACAAUUUGGUCUGGUAUAAGCUAUGUGUUUUCCAAGGACGCUAUAAGAAUAUUGAAGCAACCUCGUAUACGUUUUUAUUCUAGUGGUCAUGAAAGUGAAUCUUAUGAAGCGUUUACUGAACGAUACGUAAAAUUCUUUGACGGAGUUGACGAUCAAUUUGAAUUGAAAAGAGGCCUUAACAACUGUUUUGCCUAUGAUUUAGUGCCGGCGCCAUCGGUCGUUGAAGCAUCUCUUAGAGCCGCCAGACGCGUAAAUGAUUUUUCGACCGCUGUUCGAAUUUUUGAAGGUGUCAAACAAAAAGUUGAAAAUUCUAGUCAAUAUAACCAGUAUUUGGAGGAAUUGAAACCUAUUAAAGAUGAAUUGGGAAUAUUGACUAAAGAAGAGUUGGGUUUCUAG